AUGAUAUUCCGGUCUACAGCUCCUGAUAUUGAAAUCCCAUCAUUGGGUGUCUACCAAUACGCAACGCGAAACGUAAAUGGAAUUGAUGAUAACAAGCCAGUAUAUAUCGAUGCUGUGACUGGGGCCGAGUUGACAUUUGGUGCAUUAAAGAGGGACUCAAAGAGACUGGCAGCUGGAUUACGGGACAAACUUGAUUUGAAGAAGGGCGACGUGGUGGCUAUAUUCUCACCUAAUCAGAUCGACUAUGCCAUAGUCCUCUUUGGCAUAAUUGCAGCCGGUGGCAUCCCAACAUUAGCAAAUCCUCUGCAAACACCGAAAGAAUUCCAAGCUCAACUCUGCGAUUCAACCGCCUCAAUCAUAAUUGUCCAUCCGAUCAUCUUGGCUACUGCUCUCGAAGCAGCAAAAAACUGCGAAUUUCCUCUGUCAAAAAUUUUCCUUUUCGGUGGAAAAGAAAUAAAUGGCAUUAGACCAUACACGGAUCUAUUGGGAGACCGAGAAGCCGAACCGGUUGUAUUUACGAAAAAAGAGCUUAAGGAACAACCGGCGUUUUUGUGCUAUAGUUCGGGAACGACUGGGCUGCAGAAGGGAGUUAUGACAACACAUUACAACGCAGUGGCUAACUUUGAACAGUACAAGGCGUUUGAGGAACCAAAACUGAAUUCGAAUUUUCCAUUUUUCCAUAUAUACGGAUUGAAUGCCCUUCUCAACACAUCUCUUUCACUAGGCGCUACCGUUGUGGUCAUUCCAAAGUUCGAUCUAACGCUCUUUUGCACAGUUAUCCAAAAAUACAAAGUCAACGUAGCUCAUGUCGUCCCACCCAUUGCACUAUUGUUAACAAAGAGUCCGGUCGCAAGAACUUUUGACUUUUCGAGUAUACGAAUAUUCUUAUGCGCCGCUGCACCAUUGGGCGAGACCUUGACUAAUGAGUUCUAUAAUAUCUAUAAAUUACCUAUAAAGCAAGGAUAUGGUUUAACUGAGACAUCGCCGGUUACCCAUAUUGAUAGCACCUCGGAUCCAGUCUUUGGUUCAAUUGGGAAGCUUUUACCGAACCUUGAGGCAAAGAUUGUAUCCGAAGAUGGCAAAGAGCUCGGAUAUAACGAACGCGGAGAACUAUGCGUUCGUGGACCCAAUGUCAUGAAGGGUUAUUGGAAUAACAAGGAGGCAACAGAUGCGUGUUUCGACAGCGAAGGAUUCUUUCAUACUGGCGAUAUUGCGACCCUUGCAAGUAUCAUUUCUAAACUUCAGUUUAGAAAAAAACAUAUAAACUUAAUUAUAGAUUAUAAUAACAAUGAUGAGAAUGGUGGGCUUAAAAUCUUUUACCUUACAUCUCA